CGAUCCAUUCUCAUUAAAGUCAUUUAAACAAAGUGACUAACGAUUUAAGGGAGCUUGUCGGACUGUAGAUUUAUGCACACGGGCUCAGCAAGUAUCCUUUGUGUAACAGUAAGUGUUAAAGACGUCUGUUUGCAAAACAAUGAGAGGAAGAACAGGAGAACGAGCAGAACAGCUAAAAACAGCACCAGGAAAACAAUCAGCAAAUACCAUCAGAGGUGUCUAGGUCUUAGCUAGUACUGUUAUUGUGACCUGUAGCUCAUUAAUCUCAGUGUCCUGUGCUUGAAGCUGCCCACGCACAGCUGAACAGACAGACAGACACACACACACACACACACCGAGAGAGAGAGAGAGAGAGAGAAAGCUUUUCCAUCCAGCUGUUUUAGAGAGCAGCGCUGACUGAACCCGAAGAGCACGCGCGCUUUUCAUUUUCCGAUCGCGCGAUUGAUUCACUCGAUCCCCGAUAAAUGGGACUCUGGACUAUUUCUCACCUCAUAACCUGCUCAUAAAGACAGAUUAUGUUUACUCUGGCUUUCCAGUUUCUUCUGAUCGCCGUCCUUGCAAUAGCAGGCUCCAGUGGUCAAACUGUUCACACGGACAGUGACCGGUCAGGCUAUGUGGGCACUCAGGUGGAGCUGCGUUGCCAUUUUGCCAACAGUAAACCACCAGUCAAGAUCUCCCAGGUAACCUGGCAGAAGUCUGUCAAUGGCACCAAACAGAACGUGGCCAUCGCCAAUCCAGCUCUGGGCGUGUCAGUGCUACCAGCUUUUAAAGACCGCGUGAGGUUCAAGAACCCAGCAGUUCGGCAGAGAACUCCAUCACUGGAGGACACGACUAUCAUCUUUAGUAACCUGAAACUGUCUGAUGAGGCUACGUACAUCUGCGAAUAUACCACGUUCCCUGCGGGUAACCGGGAGAGUAUGGUCAAUCUUACUGUUUACGCUCGACCAAUGGUGCAGAUGAGUCUGUCCACUCCCACCAUAGUGGCAGGAUCAAAAGAUACGAAAAUGACCGUAGCAACGUGUGUCUCAGCCAACGGGAAGCCUCCUGCUGUCAUCUCAUGGGACACUGAGUUAGACGGUGAAGCAAACACUGAGGAGAUCAGGAACAGUGAUGGGACGAUAACAGUGCGCAGUGACUACAUCAUGAUACCCAGGCGAGAAGCACAUGAGCAGCGGCUUACCUGCAUCUCCACCUACAAUAACGAUCAGCAAACAGAAACCAUUCUUCUCAAUGUGCAGUAUGAGCCAGAGGUGAGCAUUGAGGGGUUUGAUGGAAACUGGUAUAUAAAUCGAGAGAAUGUCCAGCUGACUUGCGUGGCUGAUGCUAAUCCAACUGUUUCUUCAUAUCAGUGGAGAUAUCUGAAUGGCUCCAUGCCAAACACAGCCAUGCAACGUGAGGAGACACUAAUCUUUAAGGGUCCUGUAACCUAUGACAUGGCAGGCACAUACAUGUGUGAUGCAACGAACAGUAUUGGUACAGGUUCGGCAUCAGUUGAGGUGAUUAUAACAGAGUCCCCUAGUUCCACACACACCGAGCAACAGCGAGCAGGAGCUGCUAUCGGUGGAGCGGUUGUGUGUGGUACAGUGCUACUGGCAGCCAUUAUAUUGCUGGUGGUGUUCUUUCAUCGACAGAGGCGCACGUUUAAAGAAACCCCACAGCCACUGAGUGCAGCUGAGAGGGUGAUGGGUGUCCUCGGAUGGGUGAUUGCCCUCAGCAUUAUCCUCAGUAUAGCCGCCGUCGUGUUUGUGGUCAACAGACAGCAGAGGAAGAAACAAAGUGAAUCCGACAGUGACUCGGCCGGCUCUUCUCCUACCCAUAAAAAGCCUUCCUCUUUUGAAAAGAAACCAGCGGGUGACUUCCAGAACCAGAGCCAGAUAUACGACGAGGUUCCAAACCCAACAGAUUAUGUCAGUUAUCGUCUGGCAUGUAAUAAGGACGGAUGCCCAGAACAACACUCUCCACCCAUCCAGCCACCACUCACAUUUCUACCUCAGGACCCAUGCACCCAGAGCAACACAUUUAUGUACCCUAAACCACCUGGGCCUAACACUUCAUAUACCUUCCCUAAAGAACAGUUGGAUGUUGAGCUGUGAAAUGCUGCUAUCACCAUGAGGCUUGCCAUUUGUACUUAGCUGUUCAUUAUCAUGUUCAUAAAUGUUAAUUAAUGCUUCUUUUGAAGCAUUGAAACUGAAGAUAAAUUAUGGCAAAGAUGGUCAUUUGUAUCUACUGUUUCAGACAUUGUUGCUGUGUCUAAAAUACCAUCAUUUUCAAUUUGCAAAUAAAAACUUUUAAUUGGCUUAGAGUUUUCUGGGGUAAAAUGUGUUAGUAUGUAUUUUUACUUAGUAAGAGUGAUUAAAAUUCAGUGUUGCGAAGUACAGAACAGUUUGACAGCAGAACGUGAUAACACUUUUCCAGACUUUUACUGAUUUUGGUAAAUUAUU